CUUGCCUGCUGCUUCCCAUUUGGGAUCUGAUUCAUCUCCCUCUCUCUCUGUCUCUCUCUUUCUCUCUCUCUGUGGUUGAUGUAUCGAUGUGCCUCUUCUCUCUCGCUUGUCUCCGGCGGAGGUGACGUGUAAGUGGAUGUUGGAAAUUGGGUAUUGAUGUUGAUCUCGUAGAGGUUCUAGAACAUAACUUUUCCAAUUUGAAGGAGUUUAACCAGAUAUGCCGAUAAAAGCUGUUCAAUCUUCUUAUAGAGAUCGAACAAAUGAAUUUUUGACGGUAGCAGAGAAACUUAAGAAGUCUAUUUCAUCCACGGCUAAUGGUCCCAGCACUGCAAGUUCGAAACCUGAAGGGCCAGAAUCUGCUAUUUCUAUUCAAAAGGAAUUUAACAAAAGGGCCUCCAAAAUUGGAUUUGGGAUUCAUCAGACAUCACAGAAACUUUCAAAGCUUGCUCAAUUGGCUAAGAGGACAUCUUACUAUGAUGACCCAACUGUGGAGAUCCAAGAGCUAACUGCCGUAAUUAAGCAAGAUAUAAAUGCCUUAAACAAUGCUGUUGGGGACCUUCAGGUCUUAUGUAAUUCACAAAAUGGAAGUGGGAGCAUCUCAAAGGACACCACCAACCAUGCAACAACAGUAGUGGAUAAUCUGAAAAAUCGCUUGAUGAGCACAACAAAAGAGUUCAAGGAUGUUCUUACAAUGCGUACAGAGAACCUGAAAGUUCAUGAGAACAGGCGGCAGCUGUAUACUUCUGGUCCUUCAAAAGACAAAAGUAAUCCUUUUGUUCGUCAGCGUCCUCUUGCUGCCAAGGCAGCCAAUGCAUCAACUGCACCACCUCUUCCAUGGGAAAGUAGUACAUCAUCCUCAUCUCAAUUAUUCUCAAGGAGGCAGAUGAAUGGAGAGCCAUCAACACCUACUGGUUCAUCUUCUCAACAGCAGCAGCAGAUGGUUGCAAUGCAAGAUACUUACAUGCAGAGUAGGGCAGACGCUCUGCAGAACGUUGAAUCAACUAUUCAUGAGCUCAGUAGCAUCUUCACUCAACUAGCUACCAUGGUGUCACAACAAGGGGAGCUUGCUAUCAGGAUUGACGAGAACAUGGACGACACACUGGCAAAUGUGGAGGGUGCACAAGGAGCCUUGCUCAAAUACCUCAAUAGCAUAUCUUCCAACCGUUGGUUGAUGAUCAAGAUAUUCUUUGUACUGAUUGUAUUUUUGAUGAUUUUCCUAUUUUUUGUCGCUUGAGAAAAUGAAUAACAUGAUUCAACCAACUGUGCCUCCACGUUUUGUAGCUUAUUAUUCCUUUGAUCAAAGGGAUGGGGUUCACUUUUCUGCGUUCCAUGUUUAACUUAGUUGAGAAGAACUUCCCUUUUGUAUGUUGGAUCCGUGAUGUAUAAACAGAUUCCGAGAAAGUUAAUCUUAUACUAGUAUAUAUUUUGUUCA